UAUAGAUCUUUAGCGUCGAGGUUCAGUUUCACGCUUCAUGUAUUUCCAUUUCGUCAUGGCUCUGGUCCGUAUCAAGGACGUCAAGCGAUAUGGAUGGCAAGAUGUUUGGGCCCGAUAUUACCAGCAACGUCCAUUUCCCACACCGGGUAACUAUAUACGACAGAACAUGUUACUCGCGUUGGCCACCCAUUUUGGGACGGCCGAUAUGCACGUCGUCGAAUCCUGGAUCAAGGAUCAAGGAUUCGACUCUCCAUUGAAGUUAACCGAUGAGGAGACACAAGAGGCAGCACGCCGAGUGCACGUGGCCGUGGAUCAGGCGAUCGAUCGCGCUGAGAGAGACGGGAGCAUGGAAGAUGGCGAUAGCAGCAGCGGCGAUGAGGGUGAGGGCGAAGAUGAGGAUGAUUAGACAGGGAAGGGUAGCGGGCAGGAGAGAAGGAAAAAUUGAGUGCAUUUAUAUAACUUGACUACGUAGGUAGCAAUUCUACGACGUAUCCAAACACUUUUCUUCCGCACUAGGCAUUUUGGAUAUGUGGAACAAGGAUAAAUGGAUACUAGAUUAUAAUCGUGGGCAAGUCUGGUAAGGGCGUUGGGGACAAACCUGGAAUGCGAGUGGACGUCGAAGAAUACGGGGCCGAUAAAUUGUACGUAUUUGGCAGCGGCCUCGACCCUUUCAUUCGUGGUGCCGAAGGUUUCCGCCGCGUCGGACAUAAUCAAAUAGGGUAGAACUGUCGGAAGGACGAGAUAUGACGAGGUAGUCCGGUGUUGAAUGCGAAAAG